AACUGCUGGCGGAGUUCAUCUGGAAGUGGCUAAAUGCUAAAUGCUAAGUACACUGUAAUGUUCGCUGUCAUUGAGAUACUUUAAGCUUAAAACUAAAUCGUCUGUUUAAAAGUGCUGACGUUUGUGUCGCUGGUGAAGAGUCGGAUUUUUAAAAGGUUGACUCCCCUGGUCUACUUGAUCUAUCAGUGUGUGUGUGUGGGUGUCCUUGGCUGUGCUCCUCAGUCUCUGUGGUGGGGUUGACCCUGGCUCUGUGCCAGCCCUCUGUAGAUGAAGAUGUCCCUGGCCCAGCGAGUGCUCCUCUCCUGGAUCUUCGCCCUGGUCUUCCUCAUCAUGCUGGUCCUAAAGCUGGACUCCAAAAUCCACUGGAACUGGUUUCUCAUCUUCCUCCCUGUGUGGACCUUUGACACAAUCCUCAUCCUCAUGCUAAUUGUGAAGAUGGCGGGGCGCUGCAAGCCGGACUUUGACCCCAGAGAUGGUGAACAGAGCCUGAAGAGGAAGCUGUGGUACCUGACAGCCAUGCUGCUGAAGCUGGCCUUCUGUCUUACACUGUGCUCCCGCCUAGAGAGGCUCACUGAAAUGUGGGUCAGUUUGGUGUGUAUCCCCCUGUGGGUCCUAAUGGGUGGAGCGCUGGUGGAGCUAGGACACAAUGUUUUCCACUACAGGAGGGAAUGAACCACACGACUUUGCAAAACAAGGAUUUUAAAUGUAAAGUAAGGGAGAGAACCUUUUAUGCUCAAGAAUGUCUCGCUUGGGAUGCACCAAUCUGAUUCACUAUGUGUAUCAGGGCCGAUACUGACCCUUAUAAAGUGGACCGGUAUCAAUCAGACAUAUCGACAUUAUAUACAUUUUCUUUGUCAAUGUCAUUUUAACAUUCACAGUGUCUGCUGUAAGUUACAUUUUAUUUAAAUCACAGCAGGUAGCAGACUCUAUGACGUGUGGUAGCGAUCCCAGCAGUGUGCACAUUCGUCCACCGUGAGUUUUCGCAAAGUGUGGUUUACACGCUUGGAGAUUUCAUGUACACUAGUCCACACAGUUUUGCAUCUUUAGCAUAAAACCAGCCUUAGCAUUGUUUUAGCGUUCACAUUACUGCCUUAUUGCUUUUGGUUGCAGAAUUGGAUGAAUUAGGUCAAGGAUAAUAAGAACUACAAGAAGAUGAACCUAUACUUUCGCAUGCCACUGGGUUUAAGAGUUAAGGCUAAGCAAACGGAGGCACAGAAGAUCUGCCAUGGUGAUCCAAAACAGUCACUUGCUACACUUAAUGUAAACACUAACCCAAUCUGCACUAGCAUACACUGUGUGCCACUGAGCUAUACUACUACAUGUGUUUAUGAAAUCACUGUUGACAUUUUCAUCACUAUCUGAUCACUUCUGUAAAGCAGCAGAAACCUCACACAUCUCAUAUGUGAUUGUACACACAUGUAUGAAUUAUAUUUGUCAGCCAUCCCAGGAUGUCUCUGCCACUGACACUAUUUGAAUGUAAAACCCUAAAUGUCCUCAAAUAUAAAAGUACUUUUGUAGCACCAAAGUUCAUGGUAAUUGA